GAAAUUGCACGGAAAAAGUGGAGGGCAAAAAGCGUCACCGGUGUCCAGUCGACAACGAGGCUUGUGCGGAUAAGCCUGAAGGAGGGCGUCACCCAAGAGCGCCUCCCACACCAGCUGAAGAUUGCUGGCGGCAAUGUCCUCGUCGUUGCGCCGGGGCGCGCGCCACUGUGCCUCCGGUGGAAGGGAAGAGGACAUAUUCGACGGGAGUGUCGUGUCCCAAGGUGCGACGGAUGUCAUCGCAUCGGGCACGAACGUGAGAACUGCGCUAGGAGCUACGCAGCCGUGACGCAAAAGGCAGCAGGGACCGGAGACGGUACAACCCUUGAGAUGGAGGAGGAGGAAGCAGAGGAUGCCGCACGGGAAACGGAGCCGGAGGUACCCGCUCCUGUGCGUAAGGACAAGGCCGCUGUUGCCGCAGCAGACGGUGUCAACACCCCGGGGGAACAGUACGGAAAAGACACGGAGGAACCAGCCAGUUCACAAGGGUCUAGCGAAGGGUAUGACGUCGCGGUUGUCCCCCAAGACCAAGACCCAGAGCAGCCAAGCGGUGCAGGUAGCCAAGUCACAGAAACAGUCGACAAGGAGGGCGCUAACGUAAGACACGUCAAUCACUACGAUUCCGACAUGCACGAAGCCGGCACGGAGUUGAAGCAGCGGCAGGGCGGGCACGCUGGGGAGGGCAACCUCACAGCGUGCUCCGAGUUCAAGUGGCGAACGCAGAUGGUGAAGAAGGAGCGAUUCAAUCCGAACCUACGCAUGCCGCAGGAAGACCAUCGACGAACAGCUCCUCAAUAG